AUGCCUCCCCGUCAACGUGCACGUACUCCGGAGACCCCUACGAAUGAGCAGCUUGCCCAGAACUUGCAGCAGUUGACGCAGACGAUGCAGACUCUUUGUGUAGCGUUGCUGAACAACAACCAUCCCGUGCCACCUACUCAACUUGCCGGGCAUAGGGAUAUGGGUCGUCUUGUGUCGGGUCACAGACCAUCGACCUUCGCGGUUGAAGAAGACCCGGUUGUUCUAGAGGAGUGGAUGAGAGCGUUUGAUAAGAUCUUCUCGGUUGUUGAAUGUCCAUAUGAGCGGAGGGUAGAGCUUGCGACGUUCUACUUCUGUCAUGAGGCCGAUCUAUGGUGGAUACACAAGGGUCCAGCCUACCUUGAGGAGCCCGAGUUAUAUUGGUCUACACCAAAAGAUCGGAUGCGCGAGAGGUUUUAUCCAGCGCAUGUGCGAGCCGCGAUGUACAAGGAAUUCCUGCAUCUUCAGCAAGUAUCUCUAUCAGUGGUUGAGUACCAUAAGAAGCCGCAAUGUACGAGGAAUUCCUCCAUCUUCGCUUGGAUGCUUGUGCCUACCAAGCUCGCCAAGGUUGAGAAGUUCAUUACUGGCUUAAAUUAUGAGGCACGAAAUGCCUUGACCGUGAGUAGGUCGAGUUCUUUGAAGGAUGCAUAUGUGAGUGCCUCGGAUUUGUAUCGUGUUCAGCAGCUUCAGCGAGGGUCUUAUGAGCUUGCAAGAAAGAAGACCGAGAGUGGAGGCUCCUCCAGCUACAAGAAGCCGCGACCGAGUUUUCAAGCCAGGAAUGCAUCAUCUCUAACCCAAGGACCCAACCGAAUGGAGCAAGGAAAUCAAGUAAAGACGUUUGCAUGCCGUAGAUGA